CGCGCGCCCGUCGCCGGGGGUCCUCCACGCCGCUCGCGGACCCCGCGCGCAGCCCAGGCUCCUGCGGGAGGAAGUGGAUCCCCAGGGGACUGGGGGAAGUCCUGGCGCGCCGAGGCUGUGACGGGAAAAAUAAAAAAACACGGGCCCCUUCCCGGUGGAAAAGCGAUCCCGCGUGGGCACGUUCCGGUCGCCUUUCUCGUGUGGCUAUUCUGUUCCCUCGGAAGUCACCGCCAAUUACGUUCGUUUUUUUGUGUGAAAAUUUCGGCCGUGAAAUUUUCGGUGCUAGGUGAACGUGGUGUAGACGUAUGAAACUCCGCUUACACGGUGUGGGAAAAUCUUCUCGCGACGGCUGGAUUUUAACUUCAUUCAUUCCAUAGCAUCUGAUGAGGAUUCAAGAUGACCAACGAAGAACCUCUUCCCAAAAAGGUUCGACUAAGUGAAACAGACUUCAAAGUUAUGGCACGAGAUGAAUUAAUUCUAAGAUGGAAACAGUAUGAAGCUUAUGUCCAAGCUUUGGAGGGCAAGUACACAGAUCUUAACUCUAAUGAUGUAACUGGCUUAAGGGAGUCUGAAGAAAAACUAAAGCAACAACAGCAGGAGUCUGCACGGAGAGAAAACAUCCUUGUAAUGCGACUGGCGACCAAGGAGCAAGAGAUGCAAGAGUGUACUACUCAAAUCCAGUACCUCAAGCAAGUCCAGCAGCCGAGUGUUGCCCAACUGAGAUCAACAAUGGUAGACCCAGCGAUCAACUUGUUUUUCCUAAAAAUGAAAGGUGAACUGGAACAGACUAAAGACAAACUGGAACAAGCCCAAAAUGAACUGAGUGCCUGGAAGUUUACGCCUGAUAGCCAAACAGGCAAAAAGUUAAUGGCGAAGUGUCGAAUGCUUAUCCAGGAGAAUCAAGAGCUUGGAAGGCAGCUGUCCCAGGGGCGUAUUGCACAGCUUGAAGCAGAGUUGGCUUUACAGAAGAAAUAUAGUGAGGAGCUUAAAAGCAGUCAGGAUGAACUGAACGACUUCAUCAUCCAGCUGGACGAGGAGGUGGAGGGCAUGCAGAGCACCAUCCUCGUGCUGCAGCAGCAGCUGAAGGAGACGCGGCAGCAGCUGGCGCAGUACCAGCAGCAGCAGCCUCAGGCCUCCGCGCCGGGUACCAGCAGGACUGCGUCCUCGGAACCUGCAGAGCAAGGCGAGGCCGCGAGUAAAGACUGCAGUCGGCUGGCCAACGGACCAAGCAACGGCAGCUCCUCCCGGCCGAGGACGUCUGGGUCUGCAUUUCACAGGGAGGGGGACGCGACUGAAGAUGACUUUGCGUCUUCUCCAGGGAGUGCUAAUAAGGCCUCCAGCAGCUCGGAGGAGAGACCCGGCAGAGGAGGUAGUAGUUACGCAAACCAACUCAGUGCGGGGUACGAAAGUGUAGACUCUCCCACGGGCAGUGAAAACUCUCUCACACACCACUCAAAUGACACAGACUCCAAUCAUGACCCUCAAGAGGAGAAAGCAGUGAGUGGGAAAGGUAACCGAACUGUGGGUUCCCGCCACGUCCAGAAUGGCUUGGACUCAAGUGUAAGUGUACAGGGUUCAGUUUUGUAAUAUUUUUCCAGCAAAUUUUUAUACAGUGUCAUUUAAUUUGGGAGAGGAUACUGUCCAGAAAAGUAAUGCAUACUUUUGUCACAGUUUGCCUUUUUGUGGGUGUGUGUUGUUUUGUUUUUUUGCUUCAAUACCUCUGCCACCUUGGAAUUACAGCAGUUAAUUACUUUGAAUGUUGCUAAAAGGACAUUUUUGUGUAGGGUCAAGUUAUUUUUAUAUGAGUUAAUGUGAAGUUGUAAAUGGAAAUCUUUCCUUAAAGUAUACCGCGAUGAUGUCUGUGUAAAUCUGUCUCUAGAACCCAAGCUGUAAGGCAUCCUUCCUCCUGCUGUUGCACCAUGCAGACGUGUUAGAGUAGAUGUGGACCUAGGACUGCCGCGUUGCCCAGUACACUAGUUUUAUCACUGAGAGUUGGACUUGCUGAUGGAGUCCUGUAGUAGUUUCAGUGUUAGAUGCAGUUUUUCCCACCACACAUCUGUGCAUUUUCUCUUUAGGUGACUGAAUGUGUAAGAAACGUGUGUGCAUAGUUACUCAGUUUUUAUGAACUGUUGUAUCCUGUUAAUGCAUAUUGCUCUGUGACUCCAGUAUAUCUUACCUGUACUGACCAAACCUAAAUAAAGAUUUUUAUUGUAACUCCUUUA